AUAACGUGAACGACUCCCCACCAGGGACCAUGUCACGUGGUACCCCCUACCUGUCCUGUUGUCUGCUGGUGCUGACACUGCUGGAACCCUCGCGGCCCGAGCCUGGAGUACAAAAAUGUCUGGUGCCAGACGGUGCCGGGGCCUGGAACCCCAACCCCACCAGCGAGAGGGUCGAGGUCACGUGGGAUAUCGGCAACAAGUCUAUCUGCCACACCCGUGAUGUGUGUAACGGCACACAGCCCGAGCAGAACUCAACGGUUAUCCGUACCCAGGAUAUCGAGACGAUUAUCCUUCUGGACAACGCAACGCGUCUAGAGCCGGAAGUGACGUCAGAGCAGCCUCCCGAAAUGCUGGUCCAGCUUUUACCGCGGGAAAUGCAGCUUGGGAAUGUGUUGAUAUUCACUCCCAGCCAAGACAUGGGAUUCCCAUUCUCUAUGAUGGUGUACGCCGUGGAUGAGCAGGGCUUUCAACACUGCAACUGGUCCUCUGGCCGGGCUAUUCUGUCGGCCGAAACGAACACGUCGUUUGAAGUUUCGCAAGAGUUCCUACCCCAGGGAGUUCACUAUUUUAUAGCACAUUCUGAGUACCCCGCCUUCUCACUCUGCCAAUUUGGGUUGAGACUUCGAGUGACGGUCAAGUCUAGCAACUGUGAAGAGACCCAUAGCGCCAUCUGCAACGGCUGGGGAGUGUGUAUCACCUACCCUAACCAGCCAUCUUUUUUCUGCCAGUUUGUGGGAAUUAUAAGGGCGAUAACUGCGAUAUAUUUGAUUCGUGUCUGAGCAAUCCUUGU